AUGAAUAUUAGUUCUUAUGAGGAUAUUCAGGAUGGAAAAGCUUAUAAAAAAUUAGCAACAGCUGGGAUGCCUCUCGAGGACGAACACUUACCUCCUAAACUUCGUGCAAAAUACAUGUUGCUUGUAGGAUUGUGGUCAGAUAUAAAAAAACCAGACAUGAAUAGUUUCUUUAAAUUUUUUGUUCAUCAAUUUAAUCAGCUAUCUACUGCUGGUAUGAAAAUAUACAAUUAUGGUCGGGAAUUUAUAAUUAAAGCUGUUGUACUUCUUGGUACUGCUGAUUCUCCAGCUCGAUCAGAUUUACUCGGAAUGAAAAGGUAUAAUGCUCGUUAUGGAUGCAUGUACUGCGAAGAUCCAACUAAGCGUGUUGGUCGUGUUCGUAAAUAUGUUAUUUCUCGUAAGGUUCCAGCACCACGAAGGCCACCACCAAGUCAAAAUCCAUCGGGCUUGACAUGUCCAUUUGCUAAUCAAUCUAUGGAAGAUAUGCCAAUGCCGAUGCCCAUGCCCAUGAUGAUGCCGAUGCCAACUCAUCCUAAUCAGCCAGGGAUAUAUCCAUAUUUAACAACACCAUAUCCCGCUCAAUCAACACCGUAUCCAAACAACUCACCUACACAUUCAAGUCAACCACUACAAUCUAGUGAUUGCAGUCAAGCAAUUUCACAAACACCUCAACAAGCACAUCCACCUCGGACAUCUCAGACUUCUGAUCAGGAACAUUGUAGUGCUGUACCAAAACCAAUAGCACAAAUAUCACCAAUCGAUCCAAUUUAUACAGUACAACCAACAGCACCACCAGUAAGUCCACAAUCAAACAGUGAAUACAAUUAUGCUCCACCAAACAAUUACCAUACACCAGCAUCUUCUCAUCAAGUUACUCCAUUAAUAACAAACACACAAUUUGAUGAUAAAUUAACACCAACUGUUGUACAUGAUUCAAAUUUCGAUGCUUCUAAAGAUGCUGAAGUUUUACGGAAAGCAAUGAAAGGAUUUGAAACAGACAAGAAAGCAAUUAUUUCAAUAUUGAGUAAUCGCAAUAACAAACACAGACAAAAUAUUAAAAAUAGUCUUGCAACACUACAUGGAAGAGAUAUAAUAAAUGAACUAAGGUCUAAGCUGAGUGGUAGAUUUAAGGAUUUAAUUGUUGCAAUGAUGACACCAAUUAUUGAUUAUUAUGUCAAAGAAAUUCAUGACAGCAUUUCGGGAAUUGGUACCGAUAAAGAUGUACUUAUUAUCAUUCUUUGCACAUUAAGUAAUCAAGAUAUUCACCAAAUAUGUGCCAGCUAUAAAAACAAAUAUGGCAAAUCGUUGGAGAGUGAUAUACGUAGUAAUAUAUCAGGCCAUUUAAAGACAUUAUUGGUGUUGAUGUGUGAUGGACAACGUGAUGAAAGUAAAGAAACUGAUACAAAAAAUGCAAAAUCUGAUGCAAAAAGACUUCACAGUGCUGUCAGUUGUCACUUGGGAACAAAUGAGUUUGAUUUGAACUUUAUUUUUGCUCAACGAAAUGUACACCAAUUGAGAUUAAUUUUUCUAGAAUACUCUAAACUGUAUGGUCAUGAUAUAUCAACUGCGAUUGAUCAUGAAUUUUCUGGGAAUAUCGAAAAGGCCCUUCUCACAAUUGUGAAAUGGGUCAAAAAUAGUGCUUUGUAUUUUGCUGAGCAAUUAAAUGACUCGAUGUCUGAAAUAGAAACAAAAGAUCAGAAAUUAAUUUUUAUCUGUGUUACACGUUCCGAAGUUGACAUGGGAGAUAUUAAAGAAGCCUUUUAUCAAAAAUAUGAAAAAACUCUCGAAAAACGCAUUUCAAAGGAUACAUCUGGUGAUUAUGAAAAAUGUCUCAUAGAGCUCAUAAGCUUGAACCCUAGAAAUUAUUAUCCAUAUUAUUAUUGGAUCGCAAUAUUUUUAAUAACAUGCUCAUUUCUCAUCGAGCUCAUCAGCUAA